UAUAAGCUCUACCUUUUCAGUUUCCCUGUAUAAUUAUCUUAAAACCCCGGGAAACAUUUGAAAAAUCACAUCCAAAUUUCUCAUGAUUUAAGGAAUUAAGCAGCCAUUGAUUGAUCUGAAACGGCGUCGCAGGAAGACAUGAACAACGCGGAUGAAGAAUAUGGUUACAUGAUCAAUGGCGACGAGGAAGAGGAGCGAUCCUUCUUUGACGACGACGACGACAAACUUUGUAUAGAAGAGGACGACGAGGAGGAUAAGGAAAACUUCGAAACUAUUACUGAAGAUAAACAAAUUAAAGACGACGACGAUGAAGAAGAAGAAGAAAGUUUCGGCGCUGAUUUCUAUCGCUGUGGCACCGAUUGGUCGUGCUUGUUACGGAAUAAUAACGACGAAACGAAGCUUAAACAGUCCAAUCUUUUGCAAAUUUGGGGAUUGAAGAAUGAUAACGAUGAAAAGAAGCUUAAACAGUCCAAUCUUUUCGAAAUAUGGGGAUUAAAGAACUCAAAUCCAAAGCCAAACAAUGUACCUUCAUCUUUACCGACAUCAUCUCAUCCUCCUUUCAAGAAAUCGAAAACCGGGUCUUCUUCUAUUAACCCUAAUCAAUCUAAUUCUCACAACUCAAUAAAGCCUUGCCCUUUCUAUAAAAAAAUGCCCGGAACGCCAUUCACUGUUGAUGCGUUUCGUUAUGGUUCAGUUCCAGAUUGUUCUGCUUAUUUUCUCACCCAUUUCCAUGCUGAUCACUAUGGCGGUCUUUCUAAGAAAUGGUCUCACGGUCCUAUCUAUUGUACCCCUCUCACUGCUCGUCUUCUCAAGAUCAGCCUCUAUGUCAAUUCAUCGUUUAUUCAUCCUCUGGAGAUUGAUACCGAGUAUGUUAUUGAUGGAGUUAGAGUAACUUUGUUGGAAGCUAAUCACUGCCCAGGUGCUGCUUUGAUUCACUUUUGUCUCUCAAGUGGAGUUUCUUACUUGCAUACUGGAGAUUUUAGAGCUUCCAAGGCUAUGCAAUCUUACCACCUUCUUGUAAACCACAAAGUUAAUGUACUUUACCUGGAUACGACGUAUUGCAAUCCUAAAUACAAGUUUCCUGCGAAAGAAGACGUGUUAAAUUAUGUUGUUAAAGUUACCAAGAACUUUCUUAUGCGACAACCUAAAACUCUUGUUGUUGUUGGGGCAUAUAGCAUCGGGAAAGAAUGUGUUUAUCUUGCCAUUUCCAAAGCACUGGGAGUUAAGAUCUAUGCAAAUGCUUCAAGGAGACGUCUUCUACAGUCUUUUGAUUGGUCUGAUCUUUCAAGGAGUCUGUGUACACAGCCAAAGGAUACACUUCUCCAUGUGCUUCCCAUAUCUUCCCUGAAAGUUGAGACCUUGAAAGAAUACUUGAAGAAUUUCAAUAAUCAGUAUGCAGCAGUUUUAGCAUUUCGACCAACAGGUUGGACUUUCUCUGAGAGCAUAGGCAAACAGCUUGAUCUAAUUAAACCCAUUUCUAAAGGCAAUGUCACAAUUUAUGGUGUCCCAUAUAGUGAACACUCCAGUUUCACAGAACUAAAGGAAUUUGUUGAGUUUUUAAAGCCCGACAAGAUAAUACCUACUGUCAAUGUUGGGAAUCCUGCAAAUCGAGAGAAGAUGCAAUCCUAUUUCAAGGAAUGGCUAAAAUGAUCAAACAAUUCACAUUUGCACCCAUAAAACUUUGGCAGAUUUUGGACUGAAAAAAACAAUUAUUCAACAGAGCCUUAUGAGGAAGGAAUUAGUCUGUCUCUAUCUGUCAGUACACACAUCUAAUUGUAUAAGCAUCUUUGAGGUAUUUUAUAAUCGGAAGGGGCUAUCAGGCUCAGUGCGAUGGAGCUACACAAUCAUCAAUAUAGUGCAGUGAGAAUCUGAUCAAGUAACUUCAAUGAAGUCUACUGUUUGCUGCAGGAUAGAGGUAGUGUAGUCUCUCAAGCAUGUAUUUUUCAUUUUUUACCUUCAAGUUCGGAAGAGCAAAGCUGAAGGCUUAAGGAAUUGAUUUAUUAUUCCUCAAAAUUGUUGUGAAUUUAGUUAAUCUUCAUUCAUCUAUGUAACAGAUACAGAAACAAGGUAAAUAUCUUAGUCAAAAUUUUCCCCUUU